AUGCAGCGAGUCGAUCCUCGGCCGGAGCCACAAGACAACCCACAAUCAUCGGCGCAAGGAAAGCAGCAUGGGGGAUGGGCCAUACCGACAGGUUUCGCAUCGACAGGUCACCAAUCACACACCCAGAGCUUUGAAGAGAUAUACGGCGUACCAGAGAACUUUCUGGAGAUAGAGGUAUCCAACCCCCAAACCCACCAACCCACCGCCUCCCCCUCGUCACGCUACACAACCUACCUCAUCCGCCUCCGCACCAACAUCCCCGCCUUCAAACUCCGCCAAUCCGAAGUACGCCGGCGAUACAGCGACUUCGAAGUCUUCCGCGACCUCCUCGAGCGGGAAUCCGCCCGCGUUAGCAUCCCACCCCUCCCCGGGAAAGUCUACCUAAACCGCUUCGACGACGGCGUGAUCGAGGACCGACGGAAAGGGCUAGAACGCUUCCUGAAGAUCGUAGUGGGCCAUCCGUUAUUGCAGACGGGGAGUAGAGUCCUUGGCUCCUUCGUGCAGGAUCCGAAUUGGGAUCGGAAUGCUUGGUAG